AUGCCUUCUUCCUCCCAGCGCUUCCUCUCACUCCCCUUCAUCCUCCUCCUCCUCCUCGCCUCCACCGCCACCGCAUCCUCCUCACCCAACCCCACCGCCUCCAUCCUCUGCCGCCACUCCGACACCCCCUUACUCUGCCUCCGCAUUGCUGCACCUCUCCGCAUUGUGAACCCCCUAACAAUAACCGAAGCCGCCAUCAAGAUCACGACCAAGGUGGCCGUGCGAGCCAAAGCUGAGGCGACCUUCCUAUCGCUAUUACCGCGUCAGACCCCUCUGCAGAAAGCGAGGUUAGAAACCUGCGCGGAGAGCUACGGAGAUGUGGUGGAUGGGCUUCGAGAUAGCGCGAUUUCGCUGGCAAUGUCGAGGAUGAAGGCGGAGGUGAUGAAUUACUUGUCGGCGGCGAGCUUUGGGGUGACGGUUUGCGAGGAUGCGUUCAAAGAUGUUCCGAGGGGGAAAUUUCCUCUGGGUAGGGUUAAUAAAACGCUGAGGAACUAUGUCUCCAAUGCUCUGGCGAUGGGAGAUCAGCUCAGCUUGCAUUGGUGA